AUGCGACUCCAGCUAAUGACAGAAAGCUCCAAGAUCAAUGACCAACACUGCGAGGACCUGAAGAAGAAGAUGCAGAAGGAGGAUGUGACCCAUGACACUUUGGUGGGAAAACGCAACGUCUUGGACAAGGAGCUCGAAGAUCUCAACGCGCAGAACCGACAUGCACAGCAGGAGGUGACCACGCACCAAAAGCAGUUCGAACGCGUCAAGCGUCGAUAUCGGCAGACCCUGUCACAUAAAGACAGCGUGCUCGAAACCUUGCCGCCGUUGGAGGUGACCAAAAAGGAGCUGGAAAAGAGAGCCAAACUGCAAGAGGAGGACAUUGGACGGCAGCGGAAGCUGUUGGAAGAUAUCCAAGCGGAGGUGGAUCUCUUUAUCGGCGCCUUCCUGAAGCAAGAGUCCUUAGAGAAGGAAUUUCCACUCCACCCCAGGGACAAAAAGGAGGAAUAUGAGACCAUCAAUCAACAGAUGGAAGAGAUGAAGAAAGAGAUCAAGACUCUGAAGGUCGAGGGGAAAGGGACGCUUGCACCGCUGGCAUCGGCCCAAGUAUUUGAGCCAAACACCCGAAGCGCUGCAGCUCUUCGCUUUGCCGGACCGGAGGUCAAGUCGGAGGUCUCAUGGCUCCAACAGUUUUUCUGGGCCGCGGCCGUGCAGUUUGAUGCGUAUUUCGAAGAAGCUGCGGUGAAAAAUAAUGCUUCCUGGGCCAAAGAAGAGUCCGAGAUUCAGCAAAAGCUGCAGAAGCUUGAGAGUAAGUUCAAAAAGAAGCCCAACAUCAUUUACAUUUUGUCCGACGACAUCGGUUUCGGCGAGCUGGGUUGGCAAGGCGGUGGCAAGCACCGGGGCACACCAGGCCCUGGCUUAGAUGACAUGGCCUAUCAAGGCAUGCGAUUUUGGUCAUCCUACAGUGAGCCGAGCUGCACUCCCUCGCGCGUGGCCAUCAUGACGGGGCGCCACCCCGUGCGAACCGGCCUCACCACGGUGCUGUGGCCGGGGCAGGUGGACGGCCUGUCACCGGAGGAGGUGACCAUUGCCGAAGUGCUGUCGGCCAAGGGGUACCACACGGCCAUGUGGGGCAAGUGGCACAUGGGCGAAGAACCCGAACACGCGCCUGAGAAUCAAGGCUUUGAUUACGCCUACUACGGUCUCUUCAAUGGAGCGCCUGACCUAUGGCCAGAUGGCUAUGAGAUGACGGCGGAAACACCCAAUUCGCACCGCUCUCAAUUCUUGGACUUUCCUGGGAUCGAAGGCUACAAGGAAGCUACAGGCAUCGAUCUGUCCGUCAGCGCCUACGUGGCGCGAAAGGGCCAGGAACGGAAAGCCAUCGAAGGGCUGGCGGGACGGCCCGGCCCCAAGAGACAGGAAGUCUUUGAGGAGGAGUCCAUCGCUCAGAUCCUGAAGUAUGUGAAGGAAAAAGCCAAGGAUCCAAAGCCCUUCUUCAUCUACUGGGCCACCUAUUGUCAGCAACUGCAAGGCGUAUCCUCCCACUUCAACGAUCCUCACGUGGACCAUCUGAACGCCCAGGCCAGCAUGAUGGCGGCUCACAGUUCAUAUGUUACACGACUCUUGGACACUCUGAAAGAGGAACAGAUUGCAGAGAACACCCUGGUAGUCUGGAUGAGUGACAACGGGCCCAUGUACGCCUUCUACCCCAACUCGGGCUAUUCCUGGCUCCGUGGCGGCAAGGGCCAGGUGCUGGAGGGCGGAGUGCGGACGCCAAGCAUGGCGUGGUGGCCUGGAAUGAUUUUGGCCAACCAGGAGCCAGUGGAUUUGCUGCACAUCACGGAUCUCUACACCACCGCAGCGCGGCUGGGUGGCGCACUGGACGCUAUUCCCGAAGAUCGAGUGGUCGAUGGAGUGGAUCAACUGCCGCUGCUCUUGCUGGGAGAGGGCCAUGGACGGAGAAAAAAGAUCUUUUUCUACAGUGGUGAACAGUUGGGUGCGUUGCGCCACGGAGACAUCAAGGCGCAUUUUCAGCCCGGAGCCAGUGGGGGGUUGCCGAAGAUGGAAGCCUACAACGUCCGACGCGAUCCUGGAGAAAAAUAUGGCCAGUUCUAUCCAUACCUGUGGACUGUCACGCCGAUCAUGAACGAUGUGAAAGCACAUAAGCGAAUGAUUCAGAAGUUCCCGCAUCGCGGGACUGUAGAGCAGCCCAAAUCCUGCGCGAAAUGA